UAGUGAAGAUAACUUUAAAAAGUAUAUCCACAGAUUAACACAUUUUUUAAUAAACGACGUGCGUUGUGUGGUGAUAGUAUGUACGUUAAUGUAUACCUAUACAGUAUAGGUAUAUGUAUAGGAAGGUAAUAAUACUGACGACAGCAAAUAAUGAUAAGUAUAGAUUAGCUGGUAUCAUUUUGUAUUGUACGGCAGUUCUUUUCGGACACUGAUCAGUGUGAUGCUUACUUCGAGUAACUACAAGACGGUAUAGAUUUAAAUGAAGAGAUCAUUAAAAUGGAACGAGAGACUUUUUAUAUGACAUCAGCUACUAGAUUCUGGAUUAUAAGUAAAAUAGUAAAUAGCCAUUAGGCUCUGCAGGGCUAGACAUUAUUUUACUAUCUAUAUCUUCACAAGCAUUGAAAUAAUAUCCCAAUCGAAGACAUCUUGGAAGGAGUUUAUAACACAUUGUUUGAUUAUAAAUGAACAAUAUUGAUGACAUUAGUACCUACAUACAAAAAUCACAUAGUGUCAUGGCCGAUUGCAGAAUGCUUGUCAAAAAUAUAAACUAUUUGAACCACAGUUCUGUUAAUAAACUCAUAUUAUUUACAUAUACAAUGGCGUUGUUGUUUGCACCACAUUGUUGUACACUGGAAACGGAAUCAAGAAAUACUAGUUGUGAAAAUGAAUUUACAUGCAUCAGUUGUACAAUGAAAGCUCAGUGUUCAUGGAUCCUAACUCAACAGAGAUGUGUAAAAAACCCUAAUUUAACAUGUUCGUGGUUUAUAGUCAACAAUAAAGAGGAAUGUCCACGGUUUUCAGUAAUAACUCAAUAUGAAGAUAAGAAAUCAGAUUAUGAAAUCAGUAGUUUGAAAUACACUGUUAAAGUAUCAAAUGAUUCAGUAGAUUUCAUGAAUUUUCUAAACAAUAGUAAUUUUAUUUGCGAUUCAUUAAAAAUAGAUAAGAGUGAGAUAAAAAUCGAUGGAAUGAUGGUAUGUUCAACGAGAAUUAAAUUAAACUACUUCGCGGAGUACAUUAGGCAGUUGUUAGCUGCAUUCUUAUUUUAUGUUAAGUUUAAUGGCAUCACUCUGCGCUUGGACAACUUCGCCGAACCCUAUGACACGAUUUAUGAACAUAAUUGUGUCGAUGACAAGAAUAACAAUAACUGUGGAACUUGCACGUGGAAUGAUGAUGACUUCACACGCUGCGUUAAAUUGUGUUCGUACAAAGACCCCUGUGAGGGUCAAAAUGAAUUGUAUAUAUCGCACGACAACGGUGUUGAAAAUGUUUGGAAUUUUACUUCACAAGAAGUCAAUGAUAGAUGUGCCGAAAUAAAAGUGACAGCCGUCCAUCCGCUAUCUGUGACGAUGGCCGGUGGCACGACUAUAACGAUCACCGUCAAGAACCACAGGAUAUUUGCGAAUAACCGAAAUGUAACUGUGACAGUGGCGGGAACGGUAUGUGCGAACACUGUAUCUACACCGAAGACGAUUACUUGCAUCACAACACCACCAUCCGAAGACACUUAUGAACCACCAUCCGGACCGGUCUUGGUUACGUACACGUCAAAUAAUGGUCACGUGUUUAAUAUCAAGUCAUCGCAGACAUUCCAGUUCUACGUCGGUACUACGUGUGGCGCACCACGUCCAGUGCUUGGCUUGAAGCAAGAACUAUACGGCGUAGGGUCCGGAGGCACAACCGUAACAUUAAACGGCCUUCGAUUCAUCAAACCAUGCAUUGCGUCCCCCGCCCGCAUGUUUGUCAAGCUGCCAAACAGCUCCAUGCAGUUUGCGUCCACUUAUUGUGAUACACCGAUCAACGAUUCGUACAUAAACUGUCAAACACCACAAUUGAACAGUUCCAAUGGCUGGGACUUAAACGCGCCUGAUUUUACGCGAAUGCUGAACUUUGGGCUAGAAGUAAUGAACUUCGCUGGGUAUCAGUCACUGUAUGUGAAUGGUCCAUCGACGAGUUAUUACCACGUAUUGGAAAACUAUCCAGUGCUAGAGAAUUUCGAAAUAGAACUAGGUGGUUCAGUGGUCGUCUACGGUAACCACUUGCGGUACAUACAUCCCGAUGACGUCCUGAUACGAUUCCAAGAUGCACUGGUUAUGGAUUGCAAAGUCACCUCGGCUGCAGAACGUAGUUUUGUAUGCAUGCCAAAUACGUCCGUCGUCGUUUCAAAGGAGAUGUUUGUCAAGAUUGGCGACUUUUUGACGUAUAACGUUACCAAACGGCCCUACGUUUUUUCCAAACUUAUCUGGUAUUUUAUGGUGCCUUGGCUGGUGGUGGUUGUUUUUGCCUUGGCUUGUUUUUAUCAAAUUAAUGGUUGGUAUAACGUGCAUAAAACAUUCCAUGACCCACCUGUGAAUUUAAAAGACCUGGACACACAGACAGUGCUAUUAAAAUGUUAAUUACCAAUUGUUAAUAAAUUAUAGUAUUUAAAAACAAAAUUAAUAUUAGUAAGGUAAAUAGCUAUUACACAUUAUAAUAUAUUAUUUAGUUUAUUACAUAUUUUGUUAGUUUUUUUCUGUUAUUAAUUUAAUAUAUUUUGUAUAAUUACCUAUUCAGUAUAUAUAUUUCAGUAAUA